AUGGUGAACAUGGCUUUCCCCUGCUAUUGUUUUUCAGUGAGUUUCUGGGAGAUGGAUCCUGACAACAAGAACCAAAGCCAACCACACGCUGAGAACCCAUCUGGACGAGCAGAGGUUUUAACCCCCACUCCAGCAGCACCUCCAGGCACAGAAGCGCCAACCUCUGAACCCUGCGCCUCUGCUCCUGCUCCUCAACCGUCAGUCCCAGCGCGGCCUCGACGGCCUCAGAGGACCCCCAGAGUAGAGGGCUCUGUGGACGUCUGUGAGCCCAAACCUCCAGAGGCCAACCAGGACAGAUCCACUCCUGAUGCUCCAGCUGGGGCCAGACGUUAUAAGCCCUUGCGGCCUGGAGCAACCAAGCCCCCUGGGGGACCUGGUGGGCCUGGGGGGGCCACUGAAACCACUCUGAAGGCUGGCCCUAAAGUCCCAGGCCACCCCCCAGGGGCCCGGAGCCCCAUCUCAAUGAGGGCAGCCUCAGUGCCCCAGCCACCGUCCUCCAGGCCUAUACCUCCCCACCUCAACCCUCAUGCCCAGAGGGCCUUCUCUGUGUCGGGCACCGCGGACACUCAGGCCCAGGUGGUAGAAGACUUCAGGUGAGCUCCAGGCUCUGUGUGUUAUCUGUCCAAUCCAGCUUUCACUACCGCAUAAUCUUUUUUUUAAACAUUAACAGAAAACACUUUUGAAGAGCAGGCUUCAGACCUUCAGUGUUGUGGUGGUGACAGUCAUUUUUCAAUAUAUAGCCUUACACACAAUAGUAAAGGCUGCAGUGGCAUGUAUCCAACUAAACUUUUACUGGGGUGUAGUUUCCCAUUAACAAAGUGAAAGUGGCAGUAAACUGAUUAAUUCUUCGUGGGUAGCUAGCUAAUAAUUAUUUGUGGCUAGCUAGCUAGCCAGUUAGUCCUAUUGAUUUACCCAUUCACUGAACCUUCCUUCUAGCCAGGAAAAUGGCAAUAGAGACAACAAAAUAUAUACACAAGGCAAAUGUUUCACUUCAUAAUUAUCAGCUAGCUAUAUGUGAAUCGUGAUAAUGUAGCUAACCAGUUAGUAUAACAGGCAAAAAUUACCUAAAACCAAUGUUAUCCAAGGUAGAUGUCAAUUCUUUGUGGGUAGCUAGCUAACCAUUCUUCGUGGCUAUCUGGCUAGCUAACAGUAGUAGCUAGCCAGUUAGCUCUAUUGACUUACUAUGAGCUUGUGACCUACGCACACUACAAUGGGUAUUGUAGGCAGGUAACCAUGCCACAAUUAACACAGCAUGUAUUUAUUAAUGUAUCAAGAUAAAAUAUUGUAGUCAGGCAGUGCAUUCGGAAAGUAUUCAGACCCCUUCCCCUUUUCCACAUUAUGUUACAUUUUACAUUUUAGUCAUUUAGCAGACGCUCUUAUCCAGAGCGACUUACAGUUAGUGAGUGCAUACAUUUUUUCUUAUUCUAAAAUGGAUUACAUGUAUUUAUUUCCUCAUCAAUCUACACCCAAUACCCCAUCAUGACAAAGUGAAAACAGGUUUUUAGAAAUGUUUUCUAAUUUAUAAAAAACAAAAACAGAAAUACCUUAUUUUCAUAAGUAUUCAGACCCUUUGCUAUGAGACUUGAAAUUGAGCUCAGGUGCAUCCAGUCCACCUGUGGUAAAUUCAAUUGAUUGGACAUGAUUUGGAAAGGCACACACCUGUCUAUAUAAGGACCCACAGUUAACAGUGCAUGUCAGAGCAAAAACCAAGUCAUGAGGUUGAAGGAAUUGGCCGUAGGGCUCCGAGACAGGAUUGUGUCAAGGCACAGAUCUGGGGAAGGGUACCAAAAAAUGUCUGCAGCAUUGAAGGUCUCCAAGAACACAGUGGCCUCCAUCAUUCUUAAAUGGAAGAAGUUUGGAACCACCAAGACUCUUCCUAGAGCUGGCUGCCUGACCAAACUGAGCAACCGGGGGAGAAGGGCCUUGGUCAGGGAGAUAACCAAGAACCCGAUGGUCACUCUGACAGAGCUCCAGAGUUCUUCUGUGGAGAUGGGAGAAUAUUCCAGAAGGACAACCAUCUCUUCAGCACUCCACCAAUCAGGCCUUUAUGGUAGAGUGGCCAGACGGAAGCCACUCCUCAGUAAAAGGCACAUGAUAGCCCGUUUGGAGUUUGCCAAAAGGCACCUAAAGGACUCUCAGACCAUGAGAAACAACAUUCUUUAGUUGGAUGAAACCAAUAUUGAAGUCUUUGGCCUGAAUGCCAAGCGUCACGUCUGGAGGAAACCUGGCACCAUCCCUACGGUGAAGCAUGUUGGUGGCAGCAUCAUGCUGUGGGGAUGUUUUUCAGCGGCAGGGACUGGGAGACUAGUCAGGAUCGACGGAAAGAUGAACGGAACAAAGUACAGAGAGAUCCUUGAUGAAAUCCGGCUCCAGAGUGCUCAGGACCUCAGACUGGGGCGAAGGUUCACCUUCCAACAGGACAACGACCCUAAGCACACAGCCAAGACAAUGCAGGAGUGGCUUCGGGACAAGUCUCUGAAUGUCCUUGAGUGGCCCAGCCAGAGCCCGGACUUGAACCCGAUCGAACAUCUCUGCAGCGACGCUCCCCAUCCAACCUGACAAAGCUUGAGAGGAUCUGCAGAGAAGAAUGGUAGAAACUCCUCAAAUACAGGUAUGCCAAGCUCGUAGCGUCAUACCCAAGAAGACUCGAGGCUGUAAUCGCUGCCAAAGGUGCUUCAACAAAGUACUGAGUAAAGGGUCUGAAUACUUAUGUAAAUGUAUCUUUCAGUUUAUUUUUAUUUUUAUACAGUACCAGUCAAAAUGUUGGACACACCUACUCAUUCCAGGUUUUGGUUUAUUUUUUACUAUUUUCUACAUUGUAGAAUAAUAGUGAAGACAUCAAAACUAUGAAAUAGCACAUAUGGAAUCAUGUAGUAACCAAAAAUAACUUUGAGAGUUUCUUCAAGUGCAGUCGCAAAAACCAUCAAGCGCUAUGAUGAAACUGGCUCUCAUGAGGACCGCCACAGGAAACGAAGACCCAGAGUUACCUCUGCUGCAGAGGAUAAGUUCAUUAGAAUAACUGGACGUCAAAUUGCAGCCCAAAUAAAUGCUUCACAGAGUUCAAGUAACAGACACAUCGCAACAUCAACUGUUCAGAGGAGACUGCGUGAAUCAGGCCUUCAUGGUCGAAUUGCUGCAAAGAAACCACUACUAAAGGACACCAAUAAUACGAAGAGACUUGCUUGGGCCAAGAAACAGAAGCAAUGGACAUUUGACCGGUGGAAUUCUGUCCUUUGGUCUGAUGAGUCCAUAUUUGAGAUGUAUGUUUCCAACCUACUCUUUGUGAGACGCAGAGUAGGUGAACGGAUGAUCUCCGCAUGUGUGGUUCCCACCGUGAAGCAUGGAGGAGGAGGUGUGAUGGUGUGGGGGUGCUUUGCCGGUGACACUGUCGGUGAUGUAUUUAGAAUUCAAGGCACACUUAACCAGCAUGGCUACCACAGCAUUCUGCAGCGAUACGCCAUCCCAUCCCAUUUGUUUUUCAACAGGACAAUGACCCAAAACACACCUCCAGGCUGUGUAAGGGCUAUUUGACCAAGAAGGAGAGUGAUGGAGUGCUGCAUCAGAUGACCUGGCCUCCACAAUCACCCGACCUCAACCCAAUUGAGAUGGUUUGGGAUGAGUUGGACCACAGAGUGAAGGAAAAGCAGCCAACAAGUGCUCAGCAUAUGUGGGAACUACAAAACUGUUGGAAAAGCAUUCCAGGUGAAGCUGGUUGAGAGAAUGCCAAGAGUGUGCAAAUAAUAAUAAUAAUAUGCCACUUAGCAGACGCUUUUAUCCAAAGUGACUUACAGUCAUGCGUGCAUACAUUUUUGUGUAUGGGUGGUCCCGGGGAUCGAACCCACUACCCUGGCGUUACAAGCGCCGUGCUCUACCAGCUGAGCUACAGAGGACCAAAGCUGUCAUCAAGGCAAAUGGUGGCUACUUUGAAAAAUAUAAAAUAUAUUUUUAUUUGUUUAACACUUUUUUGGUUACUACACGAUUCCAUAUGUGUUAUUUCAUAGUUUUUAUGUCUUCGCUAUUAUUCUACAAUGUAGAAAAUAGUCAAAAUAAAGAAAAACCCUUGAAUGAGUAGGUGUGUCCAAACUUUUGACUGGUACUGUACAUUUGAAACAAAUUCUAAAAACCGUUUUUUCCUUUGUCAUUAUGGGGUAUUGUGCGUAGAUUGAUGAGGGGAAAAAACAAUUUAAUCCAUUUUAGAAUAAGGCUGUGACAUAACAAAAUGGGGAAAAAGUCAAGGGGUCUGAAUACUUUCCGAAUGCACUGUAUGAGUUGUGAAUAGGCAGUCAGAGUGUAUUUUCGAAGUCGGAGUGUAUUUUCUCUUACUUUAGCUCAAAUAAUUAUCUGUUGAUUCAAGAAAAAUGUCUUACUUUUUUACGUGGUUGCGUCAUAUUUCUUUGCAUACUUUCCGUUGAAGCUUGCACCGAUGCAUGCUUCACAAUAUGUACAAACGGAGUACGCAUUCGAGAAGUGCCCUCCGUGCCCCGUUUCGCAUACUUUGAUUUGGACUCAUUCUCUGACCCUCCUGUGCUCCAAUUUGUGUGCUUGGAGCACAGUAGUAUGCAUGUUGAGAAACACCCGUCUUUGCCACUGAAACUAUGAAAUUGAGAGGCUAUAACAGUCAGCAGUCCCACUCUGUGUUGCUUGUGUGUUAUUUUCUACUCACAGCACAGACCCAGUGUCCCAGAGGCUUUGUCAGAGAUCUCUGCUAACCUCUCUCAUUAAUGUUGCUAAUUAAGCUAAUGGAGAGAGUGGAUACUCAGAGAAUCAAUGGAAUUAUAUCAGAGAAAGACUUUGUAUGUACUGUAUGUUAAAUGCGUAAGGAUGUGCCCUCCCAAGUCCUGAAAUAUUAUUUGUAAUUAAAUGGUCUGCAGUUCAUUAAGAAUCUGUUGCCUAAUUAUUUGGUUACGGGUUGAACCAAGCUUCUAUUGAUUGCGAGAUUCUGUGUUCCUGCUCUCUGAUAGGGUGCACAUAAUCACAUGGAAUGUGGGCGGUGCCAUGCCGCCGGAUGACAUCACUGCUCUGCUGGGAUUACACAUUGGGGAUGGAAACACAGACAUGUAUAUCAUUGGGUGAGCUUUUCCCAGGUGGCAGUCAGCCAACCAUCUCCUCAUCGCCAAGUAUUCCAGAAGACCUCUCUUGUCCCUUAUACAGUGGGGGAAAAAAGUAUUUAGUCAGCCACCAAUUGUGCAAGUUCUCCCACUUAAAAAGAUGAGAGAGGCCUGUAAUUUUCAUCAUAGGUACAUGUCAACUAUGACAGACAAAUUGAGAAAAGAAAUCCAGAAAAUCACAUUGUAGGAUUUUUAAUGAAUUUAUGUGCAAAUUAUGGUGGAAAAUAAGUAUUUGGUCACCUACAAACAAGCAAGAUUUCUGGCUCUCACAGACCUGUAACUUCUUCUUUAAGAGGCUCCUCUGUCCUCCACUCGUUACCUGUAUUAAUGGCACCUGUUUGAACUUGUUAUCAGUAUAAAAGACACCUGUCCACAACCUCAAACAGACACACUCCAAACUCCACUAUGGACAAGACCAACGAGCUGUCAAAGGACACCAGAAACAAAAUUGUAGACCUGCACCAGGCUGGGAAGACUGAAUCUGCAAUAGGUAAGCAGCUUGGUUUGAAGAAAUCAACUGUGGGAGCAAUUAUUAGGAAAUGGAAGACAUACAAGACCACUGAUAAUCUCCCUCGAUCUGGGGCUCCACGCAAGAUCUCACCCCGUGGGGUCAAAAUGAUCACAAGAACGGUGAGCAAAAAUCCCAGAACCACACGGGGGGACCUAGUGAAUGACCUGCAGAGAGCUGGGACCAAAGUAACAAAGCCUACCAUCAGUAACACACUACGCCGCCAGGGACUCAAAUCCUGCAGUGCCAGACGUGUCCCCCUGCUUAAGCCAGUACAUGUCCAGGCCCGUCUGAAGUUUGCUAGAGUGCAUUUGGAUGAUCCAGAAGAGGAUUGGGAGAAUGUCAUAUGGUCAGAUGAAACCAAAAUAUAACAUUUUCGUAAAAACUCAACUCGUCGUGUUUGGAGGACAAAGAAUGCUGAGUUGCAUCCAAAGAAUACCAUACCUACUGUGAAGCAUGGGGGUGGAAACAUCAUGCUUUGGGGCUGUUUUUCUGCAAAGGGACCAGGACGACUGAUCCGUGUAAAGGAAAGAAUGAAUGGGGCCAUGUAUCGUGAGAUUUUGAGUGAAAACCUCCUUCCAUCAGCAAGGGCAUUGAAGAUGUAACGUGGCUGGGUCUUUCAGCAUGACAAUGAUCCCAAACACACCGCCCGGGCAACGAAGGAGUGGCUUCGUAAGAAGCAUUUCAAGGUCCUGGAGUGGCCUAGCCAGUCUCCAGAUCUCAACCCCAUAGAAAAUCUUUGGAGGGAGUUGAAAGUCCGUGUUGCCCAGCGACAGCCCCAAAACAUCACUGCUCUAGAGGAGAUCUGCAUGGAGGAAUGGGCCAAAAUACCAGCAACAGUGUGUGAAAACCUUGUGAAGACUUACAGAAAACGUUUGACCUGUGUCAUUGCCAACAAAGGGUAUAUAACAAAGUAUUGAGAAACUUUUGUUAUUGACCAAAUACUUAUUUUCCACCAUAAUUUGCAAAUAAAUUCAUUAAAAAUCCUACAAUGUGAUUUUCUGGAAAAAAGUCUCAUUUUGUCUGUCAUAGUUGACGUGUACCUAUGAUGACAAUUACAGGCCUCUCUCAUAUUUUUAAGUGGGAGAACUUGCACAAUUGGUGACUGACUAAAUACUUUUUUCCCCACUGUAUCCAUCCUCCUUUGAUAGACAGUCCCCUAGGUUAUGAGAGGUUGGAUUUACUGUUAACCUCUACGGGAUCGGUGUCCCGUAUACCGGACGAUUGAGCUAACGUGCGCUAAUGUGAUUAGCAUGACUGUUGUAAGUAAAAGCAAACUUUCCAGGACAUAGACAUGUCUUAUAUGGGCAGAAAGCUUAAAUUCUUGUUAAUCUAACUGCACUUUCCAAUUUACAGUAGCUAUUACAGUGAAAAAAUACCAUUCUAUUGUUUGAGGAGAAUGCACAACAACAAAAAACUUAUCACGGCAACUGGUUUGAUACAUUCACCUCUGAAGGUAAAUAAUGUACUUACAUUCAGUAAUCUUGCUCUGAUUUGUCAUCCUAAGGGUCCCAGAGAUAAAAUGUAGCAUCGUUUUUUUUUGGAGAAAAUCCAUUUUUAUAUUAAAAUGUAGGAACUGGGUUCUACAGUUUGAACCCCUGCUGUCUCUGGCUCCAUACCCAACCCGCCCGGCCAUCUAGAUGUGUGAAAGUUAGUGUAUAAGCUAAUGAUCCAUCAUGUAUGACAUUCCUGGGAGUGUGUAAAGUUACGUUUUGUAUUACUGUAUCAUUUUUGUAUGUUCUCUAUAGUUAUGUACUUGAAAAUGUAUCAAUUGACCAAUUCGGCACAUUUGGGCAGACUUCAUACAAAAUAGUCCAGUAUUGCAACGCUUCACUGGAUCAAUUUGAAACGUUGUACACACAGUGCUGCCAUCUAGUGGCCAUA